AUGCUUUCCUUUACCCCGGUCAGCCCGCCAUAUCCCCCUCUUACCGUACUUUCCAUGGGACCGCUCUCGUUAAAUCUCGGGCUGGUGUCCCCGAAGGGAACAUCCCCGAAGACAGGGAAACAGCCCUGCUACCGCGCCUCUGACUUCGCCGAGCCCAUCACCGUGAUCGACUCCGUCGACGAAGUGCCUAAUGCCGACGUCAUCAUCGACACCCGCUCUUACAACAACUACCAGCAAUUCCAUUUUCGCAAAGCUGUCAAUGUGUGCAUCCCCACCACGUUGCUCAAACGGAGGCUGAUGACGUUGCUGCUGUUGUUUAACCUCGUCAGCUUCCCUCCACCGUUAAAGACGCUCUUGGAGAAACGCAUGGCCACCGCUGACCCGAAACCAGGCGACAACGUCAAGCUCUUGUUCUACGAUAGCCGGUCUACGGGCGAUAGCAUCUCGUUCAAUACGUUCCACACCAUUUCCAAGUUCAUGGCGUUUGGCCACUAUUUCGACAUCUACCUCCUCAAUGGAGGUUUCCAGCUGGCGACGCGGCUGUUAGGAGUCCACGUCGGUGAUGCCAGCCCCGAGCGGGACGAGUUGCCGCCGCUAGUGCCGCUGAUAUUCUCGCCAACCUCCGACCCGGCCUCCGACUCAAGCGUGGCCGCCACUACCGACUCCGCCGACCUGGGGCUUGCCGGGUUUGUCCUCCCGCUGGCAACCACCAGUAAGGUUAAAUUCGUCAGUCUGUUGAAGAAACAGCAGGUGGAAACCAAAGGUAGCGGCUCUAACGACUUAGCUAACUACCACCACCGGUUUCGCUACCCGCUGGGGACGUCGGCGGCUACCAUCGCCUCCACAUUACCUAAUUUGCCUCCGUGGCUCAGCACCAUUGUCGCCAACCGUGAUGACAAUGACGUCAUCAAUGACCUCAACCACCGGUUUCUGCGCAUAGAACAGCUCGAAGUGAUGCGGUUGCAGCUGCUUGUCGAACGCACAAAAACGCUGUACCACCAGCCCAGCCGGCUGCUGCCGGUGUGCACGCCCCUGGGGCUUUGUCCUGACUGUGACCCGACCAAAUACGAGAUGCCCAAGGGGAUCGAGUACGGGUACAAAAACCGCUACAAGAACAUCUGGCCCUACGAACACUCACGCGUGAGACUCGGGUGCAAUAGCUGUCUGGAAGUGGACGACUAUAUCAACGCCAACUACAUUGACGUGAAGAAAGUUGUCCCCAAGACUCAGUGCCGCUACAUCGCCACCCAGAACCCGAUGUCGCAAACGGUGUGUGACUUCUGGCGCCUCAUCCAUUCGCAAAAGAUUAAGAUCGUCAUCAACUUGGACCGCAACCCCGUGACCUAUUUGAAUGACCGUGACUUUGUUGGUCUGGUCAAAGUGAUCAGCCAGAACGAUCUGCUCAUUGUCCGCUUGAUCAACGGCGAAAUCUACCACUUUCAGUACCUCCAGUGGCCCGACUUCGGGGUCCCGGAAAACUUUGACCUGGUGUUGGAGUUUAUCCGUUUGAAGAACGAAACCAUGGCCAAGUUAUACGACGGAUCGCAACGUCCGACGGUGAUGGUCCAUUGCAUGGCCGGGUGUGGACGCACCGGUGUCUUUAUCACGUUGGACACGUUGAUUGACUGUUGCGAACGUGACCCCUGCUUAUUUAAGCUGCUGGAGCAAGAUCUUGUCUUCCAGAUUGUGCUGCUGGAACGCACCCAGCGCAUCUUUAUGGUACAAAAUCUCGCCCAGUACAUUGUUUGCUACGAGAUGCUUUUGUGGUACCUUGACAAAGUCAACCGCUGUGACCUCAAGGUGCCCCAGUAUAUCAAGGCAUCCACCCCCAGCCUCUUAGCAAUGGCGACGCACCAAUCCCCCAUCAAGACCCCGCUCGUUUCCGGCGAGUCCGGGGGAGACUAUUUCACCUUCUCGAUGGUGUAA